AUGAUGCUAGCAUAUGUGGCGGUGCAUCACAGGAAGCUCAGGGUGCAGGCCGACCCAUCGUGCUUUGACUUGAGCACCGUGUUGGAACCUGUCCGCACGGAGUACCCGAAUCUUAUCUACCUAGGAAUAUGGUUUCAUGACGGCUCCGUGUACGUGUACGUACAAAGCGCGGAGCGCAUGUCCGACAUCAAGCUUACCAGCGCAUUGAAGGAUCACAUGGUCAUAACCAACAUCGCCCCGUACUCUAUACCCUUGCUGGGCAGCUGCAAUAGGAGUGGCGAUCCAAGGCUCGAGUUCAUCGCGGACUUGCUGAACACCCUUCAUGGAGUCGAUGUCUUCUACAAAUUCGGGAUAAAGCUGUACGUGUUGGAGCAAAACGUGAACUUCCGGGCACGCAAAGGGGACAAGAGAGUCAGCGGGGUACUCCCGUCUUGCCACAUCGAUCAUUUCGAGAAGCCCGCAGAGAGUAUCCUUGACUCCAAGGACUCCCUCGUUCCCGAGCAGAGGAAGCUGUAUGAGAGAAUGAGGAACAAGGUGCUGAACAACAUCGCUGUGAACGUGACCGACAACUUGAGUCGGCUGAGUAACUGA